AUCAGUUCUUUGUGCAGGCAUUCCAUAAGUCCUCCGAUAAAAUGGUCAACGUCACCACAGUGACCGAUUUCCUGCUCAUGGGAUUCUCUGACAUCUGGGAGCUGCAGCUGAUCCAUGCCACGCUGUUCCUCCUGGUCUACCUGGCAGCCCUGAUGGGGAAUGUUCUCAUCAUCGCCAUCACCACCCUCGACCGGCGCUUCUACACCCCCAUGUACUUCUUCCUCAAGCAUCUGUCCAUCCUCGAUCUCUGCUACAUUUCUGUCACAGUCCCCAAAUCCAUCACCAAUUCCCUGACCAACAGCUGUUCUACCUACUACUGGGGUUGUGUGGCCCAACUCUUUUUAACAAUUAUGUUGGCUAUUUCAGAGUUGUUCAUCCUCACUGUGAUGUCCUACGACCGUUACGUGGCCAUCUGCCGCCCCCUCCACUAUGAGGUCAUCAUGAACAGAGGGGCCUGUGUGCAGAUGGCAGCUGCUACCUGGUUCAGUGGGGGGCUGCUUGGGGGGAUGUACUCAGCGGGAACAUUCACAUUAAGCUUCUGCAGAACUAAUAUGAUCCAACAAUUCUUCUGUGAUGUCCCCUCCUUGCUGAACAUCUCCUGCUCUGAAAGGCACAUUGUCGUUGAUGUCAGUGUAGUCAUUGGUAACGAACCUCCACAAGAUGCGAUCGAUGGCCUGCAGACCCACAGGAUGAGGAGAGCAGUAGGGGCAAUUGAGCACGAACCCAUCCCAGGCAGUUCAUGACACCUCCCAGACCAUGUCUAACAUCACGAUG